AAUUGCUUCAUUUGCAGCUUGGAAUCAUACUUUUGGCUGCGUUGCAUUGUGGGAGACGUGUGCAAAAAAAAAAAAAGCCAUCAGAGGUUUAGGUUGAGCUAUGCAAGUGGAGAUCUCGCCUCAGAGUGACCCCUCCAGGAAAUGUAUGAACGUGAGCAGUGAUGGAGCAGAGCUUUCCUUGCAUCCCAUCAUAGCUGACAACCUGGAGAGAAGUUCACCCCUGAAAAAAAGCCCCAGGGAGAUGACGAAUCAGUCGGAGGCAGACACUUUCCCCGACUCCAAGGACGCGCACGGGGGCAAACUCGGAGACUCUGACGCCCGUCACACCCUCCAUGGAGCAGCGGGGGACAGGUGCAGCUUCUCCUCGUCCACGCAGCCGCCGCACUCCGUCUCAGCCUCCGCGGCGCCCGGUGCGAUGUUCCCCUACCCGAGCCAGCACGGCGCCGCCCACCCCGCCUUCUCCAUCGGGAGUCCCGGCCGCUACGUGGCCCACCACCCGGUCCUCGGCAACGGAGCCUACAACAGCCUGCUGAGCAACUCGUCGCCCCAAGCUUACCCGCCGGCCGCCGGCUACCCGUACGCUCAGCAGUACGGACACACGUACCAAGGCGGCGCUUUCUACCAGUUCUCCCCGGCCCAGGCUGCCGGCCUGGCUCCCGGUAAGGCGCAGGUGUAUCUGUGCAACAGGGCCCUCUGGCUCAAGUUCCACAGACACCAGACGGAGAUGAUCAUCACCAAGCAAGGAAGGCGAAUGUUCCCGUUUUUAAGCUUCAACAUUUCGGGCCUGGACCCCACCGCUCACUACAACAUCUUCGUGGACGUGAUCCUGGCCGACCCCAACCACUGGAGGUUCCAAGGAGGCAAGUGGGUGCCCUGCGGAAAGGCCGACACCAACGUCAUAGGAAAUCGAGUUUACAUGCACCCGGACUCGCCGAACACAGGAGCUCACUGGAUGCGACAGGAGAUCUCUUUUGGCAAACUCAAGCUGACAAACAAUAAAGGUGCCUCCAACAACACGGGACAGAUGGUGGUCCUGCAAUCCCUCCACAAGUACCAGCCCAGGCUCCACGUGCUGGAAGUCAACGAGGACGGGACGGAGGACAGCAGCCAGCCGGGCAGAGUCCAGACUUUCACCUUCACGGAGACCCAGUUCAUCGCCGUCACCGCCUACCAGAACACCGAUAUUACUCAGCUGAAAAUUGAUCACAACCCCUUUGCAAAAGGAUUUCGGGACAACUAUGACACGCAAUUAAUAGUGUGCGCUUUCCGGAAGCCGCCAGCAGGUGGCGGUAGCUGCACAGACUCGCCUCAGCAUCAUUCAUUCAGCAUCAUAAAGAUCAAUCUUACAGCGUGUUGCUCAUCAACAAGCCAUGACCAUGUGACCAGCAUGGACGCUCUCUCGCUUCCUGCUCGCGCUUUCUGUGGAUUAAAGAGCCUGCAGCGACACGCUCAGCAAGCAGCAUCUCCCUCCGGCAGGACACCACACGACAGGAUGGACACGCAGGACCAGGACGCGCACAUGGAGCCGCUGCUGCACACGGUCAACGCUUCAUUUGGUUCAUCAGUUGGACACCAAAGUUUGAGGAGUGAUGAUGAAGCUGUGGUGGACAGAGGAGGAACGCGCGCCCAACAAAGUACCAACUUUGAGAAGGAAGAUCUUGAAGGCCACAGGACGCUCUACAUUGGGGUUCACGUCCCUUUGGGCAGCACCAGGCACCGCAGCCACGGCCGGCAUCGUCACCAUGGUAACAAACACAGACGGAGGAGCAGGGAGCGGGUACUCACCUUGGUGGAGGACAGAGAGUCUCCUCUUUAUGACACUCCCUCACAGAGAGUUCAGUUUCUUCUCGGCACAGAAGAUGAGGAUGAGGAGCACAUUCCUCAUGACCUUUUCACAGAGAUGGAUGAGAUCUUCGUGAGGGAGGGGGAGGACUCUGAGUGGAGGGAAAGUGCCAGGUGGCUGAAGUUUGAGGAGGACGUUGAGGACGGAGGAGAGCGAUGGAGCAAACCCUAUGUGGCCACGCUGUCUCUGCACAGCUUGUUUGAGCUGCGCAGCUGCAUCAUCAACGGCACCGUGCUGCUCGACAUGAGGGCCAACGCCAUCCGAGACAUUGCAGACAUGGUGUUGGACCACCAGGAGUUAUACUCGCCACUGGGUGAUGAGCUCAGGAAGAAAGUGCAUGAUACGCUGCUGAAGCGCCACCAUCACCAGAAUCAGAAGAAGCUGGCUAAUCGUCUACCAAUCAUGCGCUCUCUUGCUGACAUGAGUCGACGGACAUCAGAGGUUCACCUGGACAAAAACGGUGAGAUGACAUCAUCCCAGUCUCAGUUAGCGGGUCCAGAUGGAAAAGGUGAUGUCACCCGAGAAAACAGCUCUGUGGACCUAAGCAAGAUGGAUCUUCAUUUUAUGAAAAAGAUCCCGCCAGGUGCUGAGGCUUGCAACGUCUUAGUAGGAGAGUUGGACUUUCUCAACAAACCUGUGGUGGCUUUUGUUCGACUCUCACCAGCAGCUCUUCUCUGUGGACUAGCUGAGGUCCCCAUCGCCACCAGGUUUGUCUUUAUUCUCUUGGGACCUCCUGGAAGAGGGCCUCAGUACCACGAGAUAGGAAGGUCCAUAGCGACCCUCAUGACAGACGAGGUCUUCCAUGACGUUGCCUAUAAAGCUAAAGACAGAAAUGAUCUGAUCGCUGGGAUUGAUGAAUUCCUUGAUCAGGUUACCGUCUUGCCACCAGGAGAGUGGGAUCCCUCCAUUAGGAUAGAACCACCAAAAAAUGUACCCUCUCAGGAGAAAAGAAAGAAAAACAGCACCAGUCUACUCAACGACUUAGCUGAGGGCGAUGAAGACGAGCAUGGAGGCCAUGGAGGUCCUGAACUGCAGCGCACUGGGAAGUGGUUUGGCGGUCUUAUUCUGGACGUCAAGCGCAAAGCCUCCCACUACGUGUCCGAUUACACAGAUGCGUUUAGUUUGCAGUGUGUGGCCUCCUUCCUGUUCCUCUACUGUGCCUGCAUGUCCCCUGUCAUCACCUUUGGAGGACUCCUGGGCGAGGCAACAGAAGGACGCAUAAGUGCCAUUGAGUCCCUGUUUGGAGCCUCGCUGACAGGAAUCGCCUAUUCCUUGUUUGCCGGGCAGCCGCUCACCAUUUUGGGCAGCACCGGACCGGUGCUUGUGUUUGAAAAGAUAUUAUUCAAAUUCUGCCAGGAGUAUGGCCUGUCCUACCUGUCCCUGAGGACGUGCAUCGGCCUGUGGACGGCCUUCUUCUGCAUCGUGCUGGUGGCCACAGACGCCAGUUCCCUCGUUUGCUACAUCACUCGUUUUACAGAGGAAGCCUUCGCCUCUCUCAUCUGCAUCAUCUUCAUCUACGAGGCCUUGGAGAAACUGGUCCACCUGGGGGACCACUACCCCUUUAACAAGAACAACAACCUGGACCAGCUCACCCUGUACUCAUGUUCAUGCGUUGAGCCGUCCGACCCCACCAAUGGCACCCUGAAGUACUGGGAGUUCAAUAACAUCACUGCCUCGGAAAUCUACUGGGAAGCCCUGGAGGUCAAGGACUGCGUUGAAAAGCGUGGAGAGUUUGUGGGCAAGGCCUGCGGUCAGGACGGACCGUACGUUCCUGACGUCCUCUUCUGGUGUGUCAUUCUCUUCUUCUCCACGGUCUUCAUGUCCUCUUUCCUCAAGGAGUUCAGGUUCAGCAAAUACUUUCCCACAAAGGUGAGGUGCGUUAUCAGUGAUUUUGCUGUUUUCAUCACCAUCUUCACCAUGGUCCUGGUGGACUACGCCUUAGGGAUCCCCUCUCCAAAACUGAAGGUCCCAAGUGUGUUUAAGCCAACCAGAGAUGAUCGAGGCUGGCUCAUCAACCCACUGGGGCCAAACCCUUGGUGGACUGUCAUCAUAACGGUGUUUCCAGCUCUGCUGUGCACCAUCCUCAUCUUCAUGGACCAGCAGAUCACAGCUGUCAUCAUCAACAGGAAGGAGCACAAACUCAAGAAAGGCUGUGGCUACCACCUGGAUCUCUUCAUGGUGGGUGUGAUGCUGGGCGUUUGCUCCGUGAUGGGCUUGCCGUGGUUCGUGGCGGCCACCGUGCUCUCCAUCACGCACGUCAACAGCCUGAAGCUGGAAUCGCAGUGCUCGGCCCCCGGGGAGCAGCCCAAGUUCCUGGGCAUCAGGGAGCAACGUGUCACUGGUCUCAUGAUCUUCGUGCUCAUGGGCUGCUCCGUCUUUAUGACGUCUGUCCUCAAGUUCAUUCCCAUGCCCGUGCUGUACGGUGUUUUUCUCUACAUGGGAGCAUCUUCUCUUCGAGGAAUACAGUUGUUUGACCGUCUGAGACUGUUGGGCAUGCCAGCCAAGCACCAGCCAGACUUCAUCUACCUGCGUCACGUACCCCUGAGGAAGGUGCAUCUGUUCACCUUCAUCCAGCUCAGCUGUCUGAUCCUUCUCUGGGUCAUCAAGACCUCCAAGGCUGCCAUCGUCUUCCCCAUGAUGGUGUUGGCUCUAGUGUUCAUCAGGAAGCUGAUGGACUGCAUCUUCAGCAAGAGAGAGAUGAGCUGGCUGGAUGACCUCAUGCCAGAGAGCAAGAAGAAGAAGCUGGAGGAUGCGGAGGAGGAGGAAGAGCAAAGCGUCCUUGCAGAGGAAGAGGGCGUGGUGCAAGUGCCGCUGGAGGGGUGCAAAGGAUUACCCGUCAUCAACAUCACAGAUGAGAUGUCCAAAGGUUCUUUUGGAAGCACUUGGAACGCCACAAGCUAGGAUGCUUGGGAUGACGUCGGUAAGACAGUAAGACGCUUGUGCCGUCUACGUGGUCACUGAGGAGUCACUGAGAAAGGACAACAAGCACUGCAGUCUACAAGCACGUGAAUAAAGUCAUUGUUAGCAUAUUGUAAAUAUAUCACAUCUAAACUUGCAAUAUGAAUGGAAUAUGCAACGUGUCUCCAUGUCCUUCCCAUCUAUUUUAUUCAUCUUUCAGCAGAGUUGUGUAUAUAUUGUUUCCGUUCCUCUUAGACGGGGACAAAAGCCAUAAAUCAACACAAACGCUAACGAUGAGUUCAUUAUGAAGAUGAUUACUGUCUACGUGAAAAAGGGCAAAUCUUUUUCAAUUUUGCACUCCAAAUCUACAUUUCUUCUACUUGUAAUACCUAAAGCUUUUACUAUGUUAUAUUUUGUGUAGAGUAACUUCUAUAUUUGCUAGAUUUGAAUGACUGAAAAAGACAUUUCUUUAUAAUAAUAAUAAUAAUCCAGUGUUUAGUCAGUGAAUGUUGUGUGUGAUUUUAGUGAAUGAUCCAAACUCAACAAGCUUUUCCUCCUUUGAGUUUUUCUCAUGUAAUAGCGCGUUUCUCAUUUCCCAUGAAAUGUUAACACCUGAACUCCUCACAGAGACGCAUGAAGCACCUUGCUGAUAUUUAAACAUGUCUUUUUGCGUAUUCAUAUUUAGGUUAGCAGGCAUGUUUAUGUGUGUGUUUGUAGAGCGUCAUUCUUAUGCAUCUCGUCUCGUAUUGCCAGUAAAAAUGAGCCUGAUGUGCUUUUGUGGCCUGAGUUUGUCGUGAGCAGACAUUUGAUGAGCUUUGAAUGACAGCCGAGAGAGGCGACGCCUCCCAAAGCGCGUCACGCCGUGGGCUCAUGCAGAUGAUUCUUCCGGAGGAGGCGCUGGAGAGUGAUGACCCGCGGCUUGUCGGCGACAACUCGGCGAUGAUUGACGUGAUUUCAUUUCUUUCUUUGCUGUGGGACGCCGUUCUCCAGUGACCCGUCUGUUCCACGUCAUCCUCUUAUUCCUCCCCACCGCCUGAGCCCCCCAUCUCAAGUAUGUAACGAUAUUUCACAAACAUGUGCAACACAUCUGCCAACACUUACAACAUACACCACCGCUUAAAAGUUUCACAACAGUCCAGUUUCUGUGGAGGAAAGAUCUCCAUUUUGAAGUGCAUUUUUUUCUUCUUGCCAUUUUUGUAGCAACAAAUGACGUAGUCCCGUACGGUUCCCCAGGGUGUAGCGCCACAGUGUGUUUGGAGCUAGUAAGUACUCCUGAAGGAUGAGACGCACCAACCAACCUCCAUUUCUGCAGCUUUAAAUUGUUGGCCCAUUUUGUGCUCCCUGAAACGGCAUCAUUCUGGAAUACACAUUAUUUUUCACUUUUGGCUGACAUUACCUUUUUUUUUAAACAUCUGCCACGUCACCGCUUACCUUUGUCCCAUUUCAAGAUAUUAAUUGGACCCAACCACGUGAUGUUCUAUCAAUAACUGGACAAACUGGGCUGUUCUAAAACUUUUGACCGGUAGCGUGUAUGAAAUCAAUUGAAUAUCAUUUCUGUUAUUCUUAAUUAGGAAUUUUUAAAUUGACUCUACUUCUACAAAGAAGCCGAAGAUGUGAAAAAGUGAAUUCUUAUUUUUUUGUUGAAGAUUAUCUACAGAAAAAAAGGCCAAAAGAAAAUGUGAAGUUUGGGGUUACGUAUGAAAAAGCGUAUUUAGCUGCUUCACAUAAAUAGCAUUUUUGGGUUGAAACAUGUUUUUGAAAGAUUUAGAAAAUAUUAGUCUUGUUUUUAUGACACACGGUCAUAAAAUGCGGUGGAUACACACGAGCGCUCAAAAGCACAGCCCAGUUUGUCCUGUUCUUGAUGGAACGGACGACAGACCAUCUUAACACGUCCACGUGGACGUCUUUUUGGGCGGUGGUGUACAUCAUUUAGGAUAUUGCAGUAUUACACGGUGGUGUA